AUGGAGCAAGCCAAUAAGGUUGAUCCACGUGGCUACGAGGCUGCUCUAGCGGCGCUCUCUGGUUUGAUCAAUCAGCGGAAGCGCGCCGAUGGGUCAAACUGGGGAGAUGCCUUCGCUCUCAUGCGCUCAUACGUUAAGGUGCUGGAACUGGAGGGACCAGUUGACCAGCUCAGCAUCAUCCACGUGGCAGGCACCAAAGGCAAGGGGUCCACGUGCGCCAUGGCGGAGAGCAUGCUGAGGGCCAGCGGCCACACCACGGGGCUCUUCACCUCGCCUCACCUCGUGGACGUCAGGGAGCGCUUCCGCCUCAAUGGGGAAAUGGUGUCAGUGGAUACUUUUUUGCAGCACUUCUGGUGGUGCUACGACAGGUGUAAGGAAGCAGCGUCCUCUCCCUCAUCCCCCAUCCCCAUGCCAGCCUACUUUCGUUUCCUCACGCUGCUCGCUCUACGUAUUUUCACCCACACCCAGGUUGACGUGGCGAUUCUGGAGGUGGGGAUUGGAGGACGAUUCGACGCCACCAACAUCGUCAAGCGCCCAGCAGUGUGUGGCGUGUCGUCACUGGGCUUCGACCACAUGGAGCUGCUGGGAAACACCCUGGCUCUGAUAGCAGGCGAGAAGGCUGGGAUAUUUAAGCCAGGAGUGCCGGCAGUGACAGCGCCACAGGAGGAGGAGGCAAUGGAGGUGCUCAGGCAGCGAGCAGAAGAGCUGCAGAUUCUCCUAGAGGUGGCCAGGCCAUGGCACGAGGUGGCGCCAGGUGUGCGCGUGGGAUUGGCUGGCCGGCACCAGCUGGUCAACGCGUCUCUGGCCGUCUCUCUGUGCCGCCAGUGGGCCAUCCGCAGCGGCAGGGAAGAGGAGGCACAUGCAAUCGAUCAGGCCCUGGCCAAUAAGACGCUGCCACCUGCUUACAUCAAAGGGCUAGGGUGUGCCUCCUGGCCGGGCAGGGUGGGAGCACGAACAAAUGCUGUGGAUGAUCCAGCAGCAGGGGUGCAAGGAUCAUACCAAGUGGAAGCCAAGUCAUCUGUGCGGAUGACCUCUGCCUCGCCUACAGGUGCUGCUGUUCACUUCACCUUCAUGCCUGAGCGGGACACUCACGCUCUCGUGCCGUUUGUCCCGCGUUCCCUCGUGCUACCAGAAUUGUGCUACCCCCUUUUCACUGCCCUUCUCUCGUCUCUCAUAACAGGUGUUGCUGUUCAACUGCAUGCCUGA